CAGCACAAAAAUACUCUGAAAUGAAUCGCAAUAGUACCUUUUUCAUUGUAAAACUUUUCAAAAGUUGGCGCGCUGUCUAUGAUUUUCCCUCUAUGUUAUAUCAGCGCCAUCUGUGGUAUAGACGAAAAACUUGCCAUCUCAAUAAAUAAAUAUUUCUUUGUUUGAUUUUUCUUUUUGUGCUUUAUAUCUUAUUUUGCUGAUUUCAAAAUGUAGGAAGUUAAAUAUAUGAUUUUUUAUAAAUGAAAUGUCGAAAAAUAGAAACAAACUAGUUUGAUAAGAUAUUCUAAUUCGAAAAGUGGCGGUAACUUAUAAGACCUACAGCGCCACCUUUCGGAAUAUAAGGGGAACCGUAGUGAACAAAGAGAGCUAGCUAGCCACCACUAGAAAUUAAGGUUGUGUUUUAUCUUUUUCAUACUUGUACAGAGUACGGUAGUGUGAAAGAGACGCCCGGUACACUUUCGGCCAUCAUAACCAUCUUUCUUUCUUGUGCAACUGUUUCUCUUCGUCCGUGUACUAGUGCAAACGCAGGAUGGACGCCAUUCGCGCGAGAUAAUUUUUUCAUCGCUCGUGAAGCGAGAUUUGAACGCGUUCGGUGCCGGGCGUGGAGCUAUGCUAUAGUGUAUCAAGUGUACGGUGCUUUCGGUCUGGCGGUGCGGUGUGGAAGUGGUCGGUUCUGGUCGGAGCUGAGGCUCGGCUGGAGGCAAGGCAGCGAGGCGAGGCGCGUGCAGCGCAAGGCAUGGCGGGCGCGAGCUGAGCGCCGGUCGCGGCCUCCGGUGGCAGGCCGCUCGCGCUCCGCCGCCGGCCCGAUGAGCGGGGCACGUUCUGCGCGGCGGAGGUUAUUUUAUGGGUAUUUGCGUGAGCUGCCGGCGCCGAGAGCGGAAGGCACCAGAGAAGCGGUCGGUGCCGGGAGCGGGCGGGCCCGCUAAGGGCACUGCGGCAGCAGAGCUGCUGCCGCGCCGCGUUGACCAACUGACAGCCAUGGCCAACUCCAUGUCCAACAUCAAAAUGACAAACCCUCUCAAGGGCAUCGUUAGCAAGCGCCGGAAGCGCUACAUCAAGGACGGAUUCAACCUGGACUUAGCCUAUAUCACAGACAGGCUUAUAGCGAUGGGCUUUCCCGCCGAGAAGUUAGAAGGAGUAUACAGGAAUCACAUAGACGAAGUGUACAGGUUUCUAGAGAAGAUGCACAAGGACCACUAUAAGAUAUACAAUCUCUGCUCGGAGAGGUCUUAUGAUUCGAGCAAAUUCCACGAAAGGGUGGCGCGAUACGCGUUAGAAGACCACACGCCGCCGAACAUUGAGCUGAUCCAGCCAUUUUGUGAAGACGUCCACAACUGGCUGUCUGCUGACUCCAAAAAUGUCGCCGCCGUGCACUGUAAAGCGGGCAAGGGACGGACGGGGACAAUGGUGUGUUGCUACCUACUGUACAGCCGACAGAAAGCGUCUGCGGACGAAGCCCUCAAGUUCUACGGCACGAAGAGAACCCACGACGAAAAAGGCGUGACGAUCCCGUCGCAGCGCCGCUACGUGGAGUACUACGCGGCGCUGGUGACGUCGGGGCUGCAGUACUCGGCGACGCGCGUGCACAUCCGCGAGCUGGUCAUGUCGCCGCCGCCCACGCUCAACGGCGGCACCUGCUCGCCCGAGCUCACCGUCUCGCAGGCACAGCCUUCCUUCAAGACGCCGUCAGGCUGCCACGAGGUGCGUAAAGACGAGGGCAGUAUCCGCGUGUACCUGACGCACUGCACGCCGCUGUACGGGGACGUGCGCGUCGACGUCUACAACAAGCCCAAGAUGAAGAUGCGCAAGGAGAAACUCUUCCAUUUCUGGUUCAACACCUUCUUUGUGGCGGCCGGUGUCGGGGCUGAACGGGUGCCCGCGUUAGAUGAUAGUCCAAACCUGGAGGCUUUCAAGCUGACGUUAAAUAAGUGGCAGUUGGACGAGGCGCACAAGGACAAGCAACAUAAACACUAUAGUCCAGACUUCAAGGUGGAGCUAAUAGUACAGAAGAUGCCGAUGUCGUCGACAUUCAGCGGGCACCCGGCGCGCGAGUCGCCGGCGGUGUCGUCGUCGUCGUCGUGCUGCAGCGAGCCCGACGACGCCGAGCCCGACGCGCACUGGGACUCCGGGCGCGCCUGCCGCCGCGUGGGCCACUACCGCCCGCUGUCGCCGCGCCACCCCCCGCACACGUGAAUCGACAUACUUGUGAGGUUGGCUCGGGCUCUCGGUGACCUCUCCACACUUCUAUAAAUAAACCCCGCUUUACCCCCACCCUACUGGCAAAGGCUUGAACUUGUAACACGGUGCCGAAACACUUAUAACCUUGAAUCCUAGUGAUGUUUACUGAACAAGUAGUGCUCUAUGUGUGUCUAAAAUGUGUAGAUAUUUAACAAAAAUGAGCGGGUUGUGCCAUUGCCGCGUACCGACGGACUAAACGUACGGUUUGGAUAAAAAAAAAAAACAAGAUUUUGUGAUAAUAAUAGUGUGCUGAAUGGACAACUGCGUCGACGUAUCGACGUAUGGGAGAUGUCGUUUCAUUUCACCCGUUUACAAGCCGUCGAAGGUAUCGACUUUAAAUUCUAUGGUCACAAGGUAUGUUUCUUGUUAUAACUCUUAUGACUGAUAAGUACAUUUCUCGGUAUUUUUUUUUUAAUUAUAAGCUUUGGCCAUUGUCAUAGAUGUGUUUCAGUGAAUAAACAAUUUGUACUUUUUAAAUGUCAAAGACUAUACAAGGAGGUAAUAGCGUAUUCUGCCGAAUUUUGAACAGACUGAAAUUAUUACCGGUGAAUCAGAUGGUUAGAUGUUCUUAGAUCACUUCUGUUAGGAAUGGGUUCUAUUGAUGAUGGAAAAGCAAUGUGACUCGCUUGAAUAGUUUGAGAAAUAAUAUUGUCUGUUGAAUUUAUGUAUUUAGAAUUCAUUAUCAAUGUGAAGUGGAAUGGUGACGCUUAUUCAACCGUGUUUAUUGCAAAAUACGAAGAGAACAGUACCCUUAGUAUGAGUUUCAGGCGCUCUGAUUGGUUGGUUUAUUCUAUAUUAAAUGACACAACAGACUGUAUUAGUAUGAAUUUUCUUUACGUAUAAGUAAUCAAAACAAGACCGCGUUCGGCGCUCUGAUUGGUUGGUUCAUUUGCGCCUGCAAUCAAGGCGCCUUGCGCACUUUUGUUCCGUUUUCGUUCAUCGUAAAGCAAACUCGUACUAAGGGUACAGUUUGUAGUUUCAUUUAAUAUACCUCUGGGAUUGUGACAAGAGGUCAAUGAACUCCAAUAAAAUUAUAUUUUAGUUCCGACUGUCUCAGUAAACGUCACCGUUACACUGUACUCUAGACGUACCUAGUCAAUGUCUUUGAAAUGACUUGAAAAAUGUAAAAAAAAUAUUAAGGAACCAAUUUCUAGGUGCUCUUAUUUCUUUUAAUUUGAUAAUAAAUCAUCUUGGUUAACCGGCCUCAUCGUUGACCCGAUAUGUUGAAGAGAAAUUAUCCGUUUGUUUCAUACAUUGUACCAUAAUGUCGGCUUCACUUAUUUAUAAGUAUUUUUUUUUUAUUAUUGAUAAAGAACUACAAUAUGCCGUGUGUGCGAGGCAGAUUUUCCCACCAUUUCGACUAAGUCCAUUGACGGACAGUUUUUUUUAAUGUUUUUUUGUAUACUUUCGAAAGAUCUCACUAACUGCCGUCAUAAAUGUAAAAAUUUUGUUAGGCUUGGUGUGACUACUGUGGCCUUUGCUGAUACACAUUUUACAUAGAUCCUGUAAUUCAAAUUAUACCUUAUAACAUAGCAAUAAAUCCUUCAAUAGCUUCAGCAACUCUUCCUUCAAUACACAAUACAUGUUCCAUAGAUAUGUGUAUCAGAAAUAUCACAGUAGACACUUUGUUAGUAGAAAAAAAACUUCCAAAAAACAAGUUUGAUACUUGACACAAUUUUAUGAAAGGAACUGAAGGCCUAGUAACCUUAAAUUUUGACCCUCGGCUAGUCCGUUACCUGAACUAAGAUUAAAAUGUAAUACAUAAUAUUAAUUGUUAUAUGUACCUAGUAAUACAUACACUAUUAUAUUUAUUUCCAAUACAUUGCACCCUCUAUACAGUGUCGUUAACGAAUGUUAUUAAUUUGACUGUCGCGUGAGAGAAAUGGAAUACAAAUAUAUUCAUUGCUGGUUAAAGCUAGGGUGGUCACUUGUGAAAAGUACAAAUGGUUGCAAAUACUAGGUCUUCUAAGAGAAUGGUUCUCUACGCUGUGUGCGAGAGAGACAACACGAGUUUUCGUGCGUUCGUAUGAUUUGAGACCUUUUCAGUGCACACAAAAAUGUAUAUCUGUGAUUGGUGUAAAUUGGUUUAUUAUUAUUAGCAAUUAAAUGUACAGAUUUCUUAUAAUAGCGAUUUCAUUAAAAUAAAUUGAAGGAUAAAAUAGCCUGUAAUAUUUUCAAAGUUAUUUAGCAUUAUUUAUAUGCGUUUGUAGGCAUUGGAAAGGUUGUAUAGCCUGGAAUAUUCGAACUGAUUUGCUGAUAUGCAAUGUGUUUUUUGUGUUUUUGCAAUUGAAGUAUGUUAAACUAAUAACAACCAAUGUUUGGACUAGGAAUGGAGAGGUUUACUUUCUGGAAUCAUAUGAAGUUGUUAGCAAGGAGGAUAAAGUGCAGUUUUACAUGUAUGACAAACUAAUGCAAUGCUUUCUGUACAAGAAGUAGUAACAAUGCAAGUUCGUUGACCUAACAACUCUAUGAGUCCUAGAAAGUAAAGUCUCCAUUCCUAGAAUCAGUUGCAGACGAUAUCUGUGUCUUAAAAAGUUGGAUGAAAAGCCGAUUUUUUUUUAUUUAAUUGUAAAUAUUAUUGUUACGAUACAUUAGUGGUUAAUCGAGAUCUGUUUUUAAAUAAGUAGGUUGUCUUACAACCUAGCGCCUUUAAAAAAAGUUUUAUCAAUUUGACAAAAGCAUAUUGAGCGUUGUCUAUGGCUGGUCCAUUUGCAAUGGAGAGAAAUUAAUAAUGUCUAAACCAGGUGUUUACUUCGUUCUGUUAUUUUGUUAGCUUUCACAAAUAUUAUUUAGAUUUAAUUUUGCUGCUACCUACUCAUCACAUGUUUUUCAAAAGUUUUUAUAUCUGAAUUAGUGACUGAACUGACUAUACUUAGGGUGGAUUCAGCCUUGUCGAUGUAAAAUAGUACCAGGCAUAGAGCUAAGUUUGAAAUAAAAGAAUGAAAUAACACCAUUUCUCGUUUAGGUUUCUAUGACGUUUAGGAGAGUUCACGGUUAUUGUGAUAUAGGGCUUCGUAGGCGGAUGGCGGCUCGGGCACAUUGCACGGAGUCCGAGACACGAGUACCCAAGUGUAGUGCAAUAUGUUUGGGCCGGAGUGCAGUUGUUGUGACGGGUUUAUCGCGAAUGCCAGUAAUUCGAUGCGGAGAGUGAUUUGCAGGCGAAUCGAGUGUAUCGAGUGGACAUGUGUUGCCUAGCCUAGGUUUUAUACUUCCCCUAGUGUACGACGGAUGUUUCAUUGCGAUAGCGCGCGAUUGGGAGUGUGGUACAUGUGCUGUGACACGUGUCGCUGCUCUGGCCUACAGCGGUUUGGGAGUAAUGCGAAUGUGAGCGAGUGAUGGAUGGCAUUUCGGACAAACUCGCAGAAGUGUAAUGUAGUACGUAAGCAAUGGUUAUUGUAGUUAGGUUAGAUCGUGUCUAGAUAGGUUUAAAUAACGUCAUAGAAACGAACAGAGCUGCUUAAGUUCGAAAUGACAAAAAAUAUUUUCUUUUUUUGAUUCUUUUAGGCAUUACGAUUUUAAUUUCUUUAUACGGCUAAGACGGAGUCACACGAAGCUUCCAGUUUAAAAACGUUUUUAUUAAGUGUCAUGAAUUUGUUUUUUUUUUUUCAUUAAUUAGUUUGUAAUUUUUUAAUUGUAUCGCUUCAGAUUUCUAGUUAUCUGUUAAGUAUAUGUAUUUGGCUCAGUAAUAUUUUUUUAAUCUGAAAUUUCUAUGCGUCAUUUUAACUUCCGAUUUGUAAAUAAGGAUGGUGAAAUUCUAAAUUACUGUUUUUUUAUAUAAUAUUUUUGUGCUAAAUUUUAUAUAAGCAGCGAAUUACAAUCUAUUUGGCGUCCGGAGGUUAAUAUACGCGUAUAUAUCAUCAAGUACAAAUUUAGGAGUUGUUAGUUUCAUCCGUCUCAGAUAGACGGAGCGGACUAAGUCAUUAACUUAUUCUCCAAUAAAAAUAUAAUAUUUUUUAAUGAAAAUAUUUGGAUAAACAGCCACCUCUAGUAUUAAAAUUACCCCCAUUCCAGGAAAGUGGUAGACGUUCGAAUUUUGUUUUUAUUGUAUUCGCACGAAAGUUCGUUAUCGGUUAACCGCUCGACCUCCCCUCUCCCCUCAUCAAAGGUUUAGCUUUAAAGAUUGUUGUUUGCCUUAUAAAAAAAUGUGAUCUUAUGAGGAUUAUACUUAAAGGGUGUCGCUGUAUGUUGCGGCCGUAGGCGACCACGUUUGAUGCAAGCACUAGCCCUCAAAGGCUCAAAACUCAUGUAUUUUAAAUAAAUCUUCGUAGAGCUUAAGCUUUGGAUGACCGGAUCCAAAAUUCCCAGGCACCCUGAUAUGCCUACUUCUUGCCGUCACUAGGUGCACUACUACAGGGCAUUUUCCUGGUUUCUUUCUUUAUUUUCUUACUUUUUUAUUAUUAGGAUGUCGGUGAACGCGUUUUGCUGUUAUUUCUUUCCAAGUCUGAUUAUGACGUACUUUUUCUAAUCCUGUUACAUCUCUUACAAAUGUCCAAUCUUAGUCCUAUUAAGAGGAAACCUUUUAUUUUAUUUCUAUCUUAAUUAUAUCUUACAAAUAAUUUUCUUAUUUACUAGCGUUGUCACCGGCAGUAAUACAAGAGACACAUAAACAAUAAUAAACAUUUUCCAAUAUCAAAUAUUAUAAUCUCAAACGCGCCUACGUCCGCAACAAGUAUGAAAGAAUAAUGCCUUGUUUGUAUAAUGAAUAUGGUAACAUAUAAAAAGAAUAAUGAAUUAUCUAAUAUAAUAAGACUUUGACAAUGUUCGAUAGGCUCAGUGAAGAUGACUGUCAAUUGGAUACACAGGCGAAAAGGGCUUUAUUGGUUCGUUGAUAAGCAUUCAUGUUGCGACUAAACGCAGUAACACUAAAAUACUGCACCAAUAUCUCUGUCAGUAUCUUUUUUUACUAUCUGUUAAUUUGUAGUAUAAGUCUGCCAGUUUACAGAUAUGUACAUGUAAAUUGAUCUUUAUUGUCACAAUGUAAUGUAAAGAUUUGAAGCAGUUGUCUGCGUUAGUCGCAACACGAAUGAGAGAAAGAAAGGCUAGUUAGCGACAUGUUCUUGAUAAGGUACGAACACGACUGUCACUGAAUAAUGUCUAGUAUUUCUUGUAUAUUGUAUAAUCAAUUGUAAGGAACUGUGACCGGUACGUCGUUCUAUUAAUUGCAAAUGUGACAAGUCGUAGCGAGCACAGGGGGCUUUUGCGAUCGAUUAUCUUUAACACUAGUAAAGCCCUCUCCGCAUAUAAUGAAACUAAAAGAAUAUAAUUUUUUUAUAAAUCUUAAGAAAUUCUUAGUUUCACAGUAAAGUAAUACACUGUAAAUUAUUUCUUAUCUUAGUAAAAAGAUCUCAUCACCUUAUUUUUUUUGUUUUGUCUUUUUAUAAUUAUUUUGAGAAGCAGAUUAGUUGAUUUAAAGACAAUCAAUGUAAAAUAAAACUUAUGGAUGUAUAUAA